CUAUAAUCUGCUAUCACAGUCUCGAUCGUCGCAAACCCCAGCAUGUAGUUUGAAGGGCGUGUUGUAGUGCCCCGCUAACGUCAUAGUACCAAGUGGGGGUCCCAAGAGGCUCUGGGCAACUUCAACUGUACGGUCAUGAAGCGGUAUAUAAUCACCAACAUCACUUUCAGAACCAUCAUUACAAAUCCCAGCUGUCUCAGGUGUCUCAAACCCAAACACACUUCUAACUUUUCGCAACACACCAAACACCACCAUGUCCAAGCUUACCGACUUCAAGCUCCUCUCCUUCGAUGUGUACGGCACUCUCAUAGACUGGGAGGCGGGCGCUUUGAUCGCCCUCAAGCCCCAUCUUAAGAAGUCUGGUCAAGAGAACAUGGAUCGCAAGCACAUUAUGCAAGUCAUGCACAAGAUCGAGGCGAGGGUCGAAAGCGAACACGGCCAUCUCAAGUACUCAGAGGUACUCGCUAUGGUGCUUCCUGAGUUGUGUGAGAAACUGGGGUUGGAGAUGCCCAGUGAAGAAGAGAACAAGGCAUUUGGAGCGAGUAUCGGACACUGGCCUGGAUUCUCUGAUAUACCAUCUGCUUUGGAGAGGCUGUCCAAGUACUUCAAGCUUGUCGUUCUUUCCAAUGUCGACCAUGAUUCGUUCAAGCUCGGGAAUGCGAAUGGGCUCAAGGGGUACAAGUUCGACGCGGUCUAUACAGCCCAAGAUAUCGGGUCUUACAAACCCGACCUGAGGAAUUUCGAAUACAUGUUGGCUAAAGUGAAGGAGCAAUUCGGCGUCGAGAAGCAUGAAGUGCUGCAGACGGCGCAAUCGCAAUACCACGACCACCACCCAGCAAAGGACAUGGGAAUCAAGAGUUCAUGGAUUUACCGGCCGGGCGCAGUCAUGGGAAACCGCGAUGAUCCUGUGUACACCUGGAAAUUCGACACGUUGGCCGACAUGGCGGAUGCCGUGGAAAAGGAGGCCGCAGAGCAGGCAAAGUAGGCAGAGAUGGGAGAUUGUGUGGUUGUGUGCAUUGACCCUGGGGGUGGGGGACGCUAGAAGUACUUCAACCUUUGUUCUGGAUUCAACAAGGAAGACAUCAAUGCACAGCGCAACGUUAGCGCUUGUUUCUUUUCGGAGCCAGAUUAUCUACCGCGCGAGGCCGCCAACAUUGUGAUUAGUCUGCGUUAGCUUGCGGGGUGCAGAUGCCUUCUCCUCCUCCGGACGCCACAAUCUAUUGCUUCACUAUAAACUCAAAAAGCUUUUUUCAAUAGAACUGAGCUGAUCAUACUAAAAGUAGACUUGGAGGAUCGGGUUGAUGUGCGAUCUUCCUGCGCGAUGCAGUUCUGUUCUGCAGCUGUGCCGUACUAAUACAGGUGCGUAACCAUCAUGGGUGCCCAGGUGCGUCCGGUGAGCGGGCGAUGAGAGAAAAAUUACCUCCACGGACCUAUACUCAAGCGCCUUGGAGAGGGAAAUGAUUCUUUAUGAGGGUAAGCUUC